UGCUCUCUCUCUCUCUCUGACUCUUUCCCAGAUUGUCAAACAUUAUUCCAGCUCCCUCUGUUCUCUCUCAUCUCUCCGGUGUUUUUUCCGCUCCGGUACCGGAUCAACGCUCCGCGGAGGUUCUGCAGCCUUCUGGUCUCCCACCAUCAUCCCUCUGUCGCAGACGUCAGUGGAACCUUUCAAUCUGCUGUGACAUUCAGGUUAAUCUGAUUAUGAAGCUUUCCUCUGAGACUUUUCUUUGUCAAUGACGGCUACGAUGGAGACUCCUUUCUACCAUGACGACUCCCCUGCCAUCCCGAGCUUCAGCCAAGUUGCAGAGUAUGAACGUUACCCAGGAGGUAAGAUGCUGAUGAGUAAGAAGUCCAUGUCCAUGGCUGGAAGUCAUCACUUCCUCGGUGGUGGGAGUAAUGCAGCAGCAAGGAGUGGGAACCACAACAACUUGGUGCUUGCUGGUAACAACACCUUGAUGACAUCGAACUCAUCAUCUACAGCAUCAUCUGCAGAUAUAAACCUGCUAAAACUGGCAUCUCCUGACCUGGAGCAUCUCAUCAUCCAGUCUAAUCAAGGACUGGUCACCACAAGCCCAGUGUCCAACUCCAACAACCCCUUCAUCUACCGCAACCAGGCAACCAACGAGCAAGAGGGAUUUGCAGAUGGCUUUGUUAAAGCCCUGGCAGACCUUCACAAGCAGAACCAGUUGGUGGGAGGUGGACACAUGUCCCCAUCCUCAUCCUCCACCGUCUCCCUGCAGGCUACCUACCAGAGGAAUCUGAUGUCUGGAGGAGAUAUGCCCAUCUACACCAACCUAAGCAGCUACAACCCUGGCCAGAUUCCUUACUCCGGUGGGCAGAUUGCAUACGGUGGAGUUUCGGGUCAUGGCGGCAGUGGCCCCCAGACCCAUGCUCGAGGUUUAGAUGCACCUCAGACUGUCCCGGAGGUGCCCCAUCCACCAGGCGACCCUACUUCCCCACCUUCGCUCUCUCCCAUCGAUUUGGAGACGCAGGAGCGAAUCAAAGCGGAGCGCAAGAAACUUCGUAACCGUAUUGCUGCAUCCAAGUGCCGCAAGAGGAAGCUGGAGCGAAUUUCACGGCUCGAGGAGAAGGUGAAAGUCCUGAAGAGUCAGAACUCAGAUCUGGCCUCGACUGCUGCCAUGUUGCGACAGCAGGUCGCCCAGCUCAAACAGAAGGUCAUGAGUCAUGUAACCAAUGGCUGCCAGAUCACUGUCGCAUCUGGAGCUGCCUCCAAAUCUGGAGGCAGAACCGGCAGUGAGGACUCCAGCUGCUGAGGAGGUUGGCCAGGAGGAGAUCAAUGGUGACAUAAUGAGCCAGAAGGCUAAAGGUUUGUACAACUAUGACAUUUCGCUCAGUCUGUUAGAACAAGCACUGAGCAGGACUCUUGGUGUCGGGAUCCGGGAUCUUUAUUGGGAUUAACAGCCUGAUGAGCCACAGUCAACCAUCCAGCUGGAAUAGGGCGAAGGCAAAGCUACAACGGAAGCAGGAGGAUGAAUAAAUCUUUUUAACCUUUCCCAUUUGGGAUUCUGACACUGAAAUUUUAAAGACAAGACCUGUAUUUCUGAAGCAUCUGGUGGGAAUUCCUCACAGCCAGAUUCCCGACUUAUUUAAUUUCAGCUCAUCGUUGUUUAUUUCUCUUGGAUGACGACUGGGAAUCAUGACUGAUGACAAGUGAAAAUAUUUUUUGUCAUCCUUGAUAAAAAAACAACUCAAAUAUUUUAACGAAAUAAACUAUGUAAAACAACAAAAAAUGAAGACUUUUACAGUGUCAAAAUGUUCCAAAAGGGAAAACAAAAAACAUAAACUUUGAAAAGAUUUUCUCUUGUUUCUGUUUAAUUUUGGUUUUCCUGUCAUAAUUUACAGUAAUUCACAUCUCAUAGUUACAUUGCAGAGAGACUAUUUUUUCAAAUCCACUCAUCAACUACAGUUUUCAUUUUUAAUAUUAAUGAUGAACUAAUAUUUUAUCUCUUCACAGCAGCUUUCUGGAGGGAAGUGUUCUGUUUUUUCUGUUGUUUCAGAUUUUUUAUUUUGUUUUUACAUAAUGAAACUGGCUAAAAAAAACACUUGACAAUUCAACACCAAUUUGUGACUAAUCUGCACCGAAUCAAGCAAUUUCAAUCGAUGAAGAUGACUUAUUUACAUUUAUUGUGAAAAGCAACAAUUUCGUGUCUUAUUUUGACAUCUGUAUAAAGAUGUUGGUGGAAGAAAUGUUAUUCAAUCAGUUUUCUACAGUACAGAAAAUAUUCAUUCAUGUAAAUGUAUUCAUUGAGUGUAGUUAGUCAUGUUUUAUGGAUGAGCAACUCUGUCAAAAGCAGGAAAAAAUUAACAUUUACAGUAAUUUGCCAUUUUGUCAGACUGACCUUUUUAUUCUUGUUAUAUAUUAUAUCCAGAAAAUAUAUUUUGGGCUGAACAACAAACCUAAUGCCAGGUUGUGACAAGUAGAAUAUUAUUUUACUUAGAUUUUACUUUCAAACUAAGCCUGUUAUGUAAAGGCAUUUGGAGACGUCUAACAAUGCUUUAAGAGGGAAACCCUUAAAAUUACAAGGUUAUUAUAAUAAAGAUUGCUAAAUUAGAUUUUUUGACAAUGCAAAAAAGAAAAGAUAUGAAAAAUUUACUUCUAGAAGAGGCAAAGUGUGAGGAUGUGACAGCAUUCUUUCAGGAUGUUGUUUCUUAGAAUAAUGCAGAUUAAUGUAGAUAUGAGUCCAUUUAUCAGAGUAUAGUUCUCUGAGGCAGGUGUAAAGGUCUAUUGAGUUGCAGUAUCUUUGAUGUAUUUUGGGGUUGUUGUUAUGCAAUCUUAAGACACUACACUUAAAGUGCCUGUGACAUUGAAUUUUUAUGAUAAAUCCAAUUACAUUUAUGGAAAGGCAACAGUGCUAAAAUAUUUUAAAACGUAAAUUCAUGCAGCUUAUGGUUGUAAAUUUCACUACAAAUGCAUUUCCAGGGUACUCUUUUGUGAUUUUGUUGCGCUCUUUCAUGACGUGAAAGGGGAACCCCGGCACGUAAACUGACUUCUGCUACAAUGGCAGCAACACAGACAGCAGCGAAGAAUCUGAUGUUUCUUUAGAUAUAUUUCAGUCACUAUCAGAGAGAUGAAGCGGAGUCAGACAACGAAAGUGAGCUGUCAUCAGAUGGCAGAGCACAAGUCUGGGAGCAGCUCCUUAGAUGUUGGAGCCGCUAGCAGAGCCGACAGCGCCACCAAACAGUAAAACAAGCAGAGGGGAAGCUGGGCAGCAUAGAGCAGCAGCAGCAGACUCAACGGAUGAGUCAAGAUUUAAAGGCAGUACCCGGUGUGUCAUUUUUUAAACUUUAGAUUAGAAUCUUGAGAGAAACAUUUAUUUCAAUAUAUUGUAUGCAUGUGUAAUUUAUCUUAUUUUAGUAAUAAUAAUAUCAGAUUUUUAAUUAUUAACAAUAACUACAGACAUCUAAAGGUACUUCUGCGACAAAGAAGUGUUCUUACAUGCUGGGCCUUGAUCUGUUUAGAUCUGUUUAGCAACAUCAAGCAACAACCUUUCCUUAGCGACAUUUCUUUUGUGACCUGGGGAACAUCAGAUGCACUGAACAUCGUGGCAGUAGCAUCUGCUUUUAUCAUUCUCUUUAAUUUGUAAGUUAUGCCGACCUCUGACAACAUUUCUCUGAUGAUUUUAAAAAGUUUCUUGUUUGAAGCAGUUUGGUGAAAAGUCCUCCAAUCACACCUGGGUGUUCUUGGUGGGACCAGCCCAUCUAUCCCUCCUCAGUUUUCCUGUUCUGAUCCAGGCAGCUCUGAUCCUCUUUACUUUAGGGAAGUAGUGCACACUAACAGCUGCUGUCAUACUGUUGCUGUCACCACCAGCAAUGCACCGUUUCACCAUAUUAAUGCUGUUUUUAAUGCAACUUGGCUUCUACCUGAACCAUUUAUCAUGGACCCUCACACAAUGAAUGACCCGAGACUUCCGCUUUGAUGUCAUUUCUGGGCUUUGAUGUCAUUUUGCAACAAAUUGUCCCUGUCUGACUUGACUUUUAUCAUGUCUUUAAUUCUAACAUAAUGUCAAUUAAUGCCAAAUUUAAUCAAUAUUAAGAUGUUUUCUUUCAAUUUCUGCAUCUGUGGGAAAAGCAUGUCACAGGCACUUUAAGGACAUUCAUUAAAGGUUUUUUUGCUCCACUUAU